CGGCUUCUCCUGGCCCUGCUGAACAGAGAGAGCUGCCAGCUUUCCUGUCCUGAUAGCCUCUGUCUUCCUUCUGUCAUGGGGGAGGACAGGAGCGGGAGGGGGGCUUACAAGGACUGAUGAAUGGAGGGAGGUGACUCAAGGGGCUUCUGUGAAAGUGCCCUGUAUGGGCCUGGAUUGCAGGCAGGAAUGCAGAACGCUUUCCCUCCUUCCUCUCAGUAAGCAAAGCUAGACCCAAACUAGUCUCUAGGACAGAGAUUUAAAUAGAUUUAAACAGCUGGUUAAUGGGACUCUCUUUUUCACAGAAUAGGCUGGCUUUUUCAUAGAUGAGGACUAGGGUAGGGUCAGGGAAAUUCAGCAGUCAAUAAAAUUAUUAUUGAGCUGCCAGACAGCAGUGGUCCGAGGCCCCAGGCCUGUGUGGCAUCCAGACAGCCCUUUGUGCCCUUUCUAGACAUCCCCCUCCUCAGGGUUCAGGGACCUGUCUGGCUGCUGAGCUCCCAGGAGGUCCAAGGGGUGUGAUCUCCCUCCCUCUCUACCUCCCUCCCAGGCCCAGCCCAGGGCUGGCUAUAAAGCCAGCCCAGCCUGGCUCUCAGCACAUCCAGCUGGGACCCUCCUGGAGCCUCCUCCGGGAACACAUCCACUCUCCUCCUUCUCCUGAGCAGCACCAUGCAGCCCCUGUGGCUCUGCUGGGCACUCUGGGCGCUGCCCCUGGCCGGCCCCGGGGCGGCCCUGACCGAGGAGCAGGUCCUGAGCAGUCUGCUGCAGCAGCUGCACCUCAGCAAGGUCCCUGUCCUGGGCAAGGCCGACAUGGAGGGGCUGGUCAUCCCUGCCCACGUGAGGGCCCAGUACGUGGCCCUGCUGCAGCGCAGCCACGGGACCCGCUCCCGGGGGAAGAGGUUCAGCCAGAACUUCCGAGAGGUGGCCGGCAGGUUCCUGGUAUCUGAGGCCUCCACGCACCUGCUGGUGUUCGCCAUGGAGCAGCGGCUGCCGCCCAACAGCGAGCUGGUGCAGGCGGUGCUGCGCCUGUUCCAGGAGCCGGUCCCCAAGGCCGCGCUCCGCAGGCAUGAGCGGCUCUUUCCGCGCAGCGACCGCGCCCGGGUCACCGUCCAGUGGCUGCACGUCCGCGACGACGGCUCCAACCGCACCUCCCUCAUCGACUCCAGGCUGGUGUCCAUCCACGAGAGCGGCUGGAAGGCCUUGGACGUGACCGAGGCGGUGAACUUCUGGCAGCAGCUGCACCGGCCCCGGCAGCCGCUGCUUCUGCAGGUGUCGGUGCAGCGGGAGCACCUGGGUCCGCUGGCCUCCAGCGCCCACAGGCUGAUCCGCUUCACCUCCCAGGGGCCGUCGGGCGCCGGGCAGGGGGAGCCCCAGCUGGAGCUGCACACCCUGGACUUCAGGGACUACGGAGCUCAGGGAAAUUGUGAUCCUAAGGCGCCAAUCACUGAGGGCACCCGCUGCUGCCGCCAGGAGAUGUACAUUGACCUGCAGGGAUUGAAGUGGGCUGAGAACUGGGUCCUGGAGCCCCCAGGCUUCCUGGCCUAUGAGUGUGUGGGCACCUGCCAGCAGCCCCCAGAGUCCCUUACCUUCAAGUGGCCAUUUCUGGGGCCGCGACAGUGCAUCGCCUCGGAGACGACCUCGCUGCCCAUGAUUGUCAGCAUGGAGGAGGGAGGCAAGCGCAGGCCCCAGGUAGUCAGCCUGCCCAACAUGAGGGUGCAGAAGUGCAGCUGUGCCUGGGACGGGGCGCCCGUGCCAAGGAAGCUGGCGCCAUAGGUGUCGGAUAUAGCCAUGGUGGCCUCAGACUAAGACACGUGCACCAAAGUAGGUCUUGAUAUAGGUCUUAAUUUUCUACUUAGUAAGUUAGCCCUGCCCCAGCUGAGUGUCCCUAUUUUACCUUUCCUGCAUGUUCUUCUGUUUCUUGUCCUCCUGCCCAUCACCCACCCUAAGCACUUACAUGAGUAACUAAUACAACCCUGAUUGCUGAGCUAUGAGAAGGAAAUCUCAGCCUCCUUGUUUAAAAGAUGUAGCCGAGCAUGGACAGAUUGUCAGCUGGGAGCUUCUGUUCUCUGACAAAUUCUCAGUUGAGUAUGGGCUAACAAACUCUACAAUGAGAACUGGGGAAAUAAACUGAUUUAUUCUAUUACAUGGUGAAUUAAAACAAAACAAAACAGAACAAAACAAAACAAAAUCCCUCUGUUUCCCUUAGGUAGGGAGGAGGUCUUAAAAAGAAGCCCCACUCACCAAAAUGUUGACCAAUUCUGGGCUUUUGUAAAUAUACUCAAGUGCCUGUUUCACUGAGAGUGCUGGGAGGGAGGAUGAAGGGCUUCAGGCUUGGGGCAGUGGACAGGGAAUCAGGGCACCUGGUUUCUGUAUCUAAUAGGACCAUAAGCUGUGACCUCAAGCAAAUGUAGAAGACUUUCGGCCACUAUUUCCUCUUAAAAAGGAGAAAUUGGGAUUUCUCUCUAAGAUUUCAUUGCCCUGGGGAUGAGACAGCCCUAACCUCACCCACUCCUCUGCUCCUCUGGAGACUGAGCAUUGCCUGUGCAUAUUUCGGUUAUUUCCCCCACCGUUUUAGAGAGCUUAACACUGGAACCCACAUGUAUUUACAUAUUUUAA